AAAUUCAUUAACAUUUGCAGGCUACCCACUGUUUUUUUAAUACGAUAUCCUACAAAGAUAAGGUAUCAUUCUGUGCCACCUUUAAAUUCCGCAUGUUCAUGCUAUGAAUAUUUUGCAGGAGAAUUUCAGGGAGUUCUUUAAUCUUUUUAAAGGACACUAAGCUUUCAGCAUAAGAAUCACUUAUACUGGCAGCAGAAUUCUUUAUAUGAGCAAAUAGAUCAUGGAUUUUUCUCAUUUGCUCUGAAAGAGUUGAUGCAAGUUGGUUAUUCUUUUUUACUAUUCAACAGGGUAAAUCUUGGCACGAAUUUAUAAAGGCUCAACAAACUGAGCAGAAACAUAUGAACGGCCGACUGCAAGUGAAAAAGGAAGAAGCAGUGUGGGAACUUUUCACAAGUGAAUGCACUUACUUUCUGGAUCAUUUGCUGGUUCUCAAGAUGAUAUUUAUGAAGACUCUAAAAUACCUCCAGAGUAAUGAAUUUCUCUUGGACAUGGACUUAUGGAGACUUUUUGCAAACUUGGAGGAAUUAAAUAAGAUAAAUCUCAGCUUUGUGAAAAAAUUUUUUGAAACUGUGAAGGAACAUGUCAGUGAAUCAAAAUCACCUAUGAACUUCAUCUCCAUGCUCAGAAAGUUUUUCCAGGGUGACCUCUGCCAGACACACCAGAUUUAUUGCCUCAAUUAUACCACCGCUAUCUUCUACUUGGAAAAGCUGAGACAGAGAGAAGAUUUUGGCAUUUACCUGAAGUGGUGUGAGCAGAAGGAGCAGUGCAGGAGGCUGCAGCUGACGGAGCUGCUGGUGGCUCCUCUGCACCACCUGACCCGCUAUCCCCUCCUCCUGAACAACAUCUGGAAGAGGAGCACAGACGAAACAGAGAAAGAUUCUAUCUGGUCACUUAAAGAGAAAGUGGAAAAGUCCAUACAUAAGUAGCUAUGAUUAAGGGAUCUGGAAGGUAAAGUCAAGUGGUUGGAUAACUUUCAGAAAUUCAGGCAGCUCCAUGAGGUCAUAAUUUGGCCUGAAGUCUGGGAUCAUAACAAGAGAUUCUUUGUCCCAGAGGUAAGCAGAACUUUUAAGGAGAAUGGCAGUGAAAACAUUUUGUCUUCAGCAAGCAGACUUCUUCUUCACGACGGGAGGCUGACACUGGCAGAAAGCACAAGACUUCUCGACAUCUACCUCUUUCUAUUUGAUGAUUUCGUAUUAAUCACCAAAAUUAAACAUAACAAAAAGAAAUACGGGGGCUCAGACACAGGCUUAACCCUUGUCUGUCCUUCCCUUGCUCCGGAGCUGCAGUCGGUUGUAAGAGAAGGUGGGUUUUGCCAAGUCUUGGACCAACCCAUCCCACUGGACAGACUACUACUGAAAAACGUUGAUCCCAUCCAUGUAACAGUUUUCAGCCUGCGAAAUGCUUUCCUAAUACAGCAUGAAAAUAGGUAUCGGCAGUGCAUAGCAGUCUUCCUGCUACAAGCACAAACAGAGUCUGCCAAGAAAACAUGGAUGUCACAGAUAGAAAGAGCAAUCUCCAAUUAUGUGAAGCGACAUGAAACCAAGAAAAGCACACUCCUCUGCUCAGCAGCUGAAUUCUCUGAAAUUUAAUAAUGCCAGUACAGUUCUGAUAGAUGCAACAGAAGACUACUGUGGUAAUAGCACCAUUAUUUCUUCCAGAGUACAUUAACUUUCUGAAACUAACAGGCUUCUGACUCGACUAAAUAGAAGUGAUGAGUUUUGAUCACAGGAUGUAGGAAUAAAUUGGAGGGGAAAAGUACAUACAACAUAUACAUCACUCUCAGAUGCCUCUUUGCUCUUUUUUUGCUUCAGCUUGGGGAAGGCUCUUUCCAACAAGGCAAAUGUUAAUACAACCUGUUCUUUCCUAGAAAGCAGGACAAGGAAAACAUCUAUGUCGGUGAGGAGAACUUGUACACCAGAAGUCUAGUUUGCUCACACAAACUGUAUUCACAAAUUUCACAAAUUUAAAAUUGUAGGUAACUCUCUAGCCAUAGCUCCCAUACUUAUUGCCUUUCUUCUGUAACACUGCACAUUGACACUGUGGGAGCAGAUCAGUAAAAGCAUACAGUGCCUUCAUUCUCUGUUAAUUUUUUGCAAGGAAGCUGUUCAAUGCUGUUUCUUUGAAAAGGUCGUUCUUACAUCUAAUAUCCAGGCACACUGCAGAAGCCACAGAAUACAUAAAAAGAGAGAACAAAAAUGCAGUGAUAUUCUACGUAUAAUGGGAACCUUUUUUUUUACCUGAAACUUUUUCACAAUGUUAUUAGCAGAUUUGUCAUUAUGUAUUAUUUACUGUCAGCAAAAUUGAACUCCAAAGGCUUUUCAACUUCUCUUUAAAAAUGUGAACUUCUCAUUAAACCAUUCAAUACGUCACUGCAGUUCUGUGAUCCAUGAAGUACGCACUUGCUAAUCACUUUUUUUUUUUUUUCAAGAGAUACAUGAAUAGAACCACAGAACAGUUUGCAUCUGCUUGCCACAACACAUUCACAGGUUACAACUGAGCGUGAAGGGUGCUCUCAUUAGGCUACUCUUGGCUAAGUGCCUGAAAUUAGCCAGUUAAGAGAGGAAGGUAGACUCCCUAGAGCCACUCUAUACGGUCUGCCACAUCUCCCACUUGCCAUGCCCAACCGGAUAAUCUCCCUAAGCAGGGAAGUUAACUCUUAAAGAAUACUUCUAGUACCAAAAAUGAUUUCAGGGAGAACUAAGUAGGGAAACUACACAGAUGAGGACUAGACUGAAAAAUUUAGGAGUGCCCUUCCAACUGUUUGUAUUACUCAUUGUUAAAUCAGCAUAUCUCCUUAUCUCUGCUCUGACAUCAAGUGAAAGUCAUGAGCUCAGCCACUGCCCCAAUCCUGCUCCACCCAUGUGAUGGCCUGUUUUAUCCACCUGAGCUUGUCCUAUACAUACAGAUUCCAGACCAGAGGUUGUAUACAGACUUACCUGGUUCACCAUUGUUCAGAUGCACAACACGUUCCUGCUCCUCCCCCUUAUGCUCAUGAUAGAAGUUUCUGUCACAGCUUAACGAAAAAAGAGCAGCUAUCCAGGCUUCACACCAAAUAGUGAACGUGGAGGACAGGAGAGCAAAACUAAGCAAACACAGCAGAUCUACUCCAGGAUGUCAUGCAAGCUGCAAACACUUAGCUGCAGCUUGGCUUCAACAGCUGUGCUCAAUCCCCACUGAUCCCAUACUCAGCUGCACCUGGUCACACCCUCACACUCCUGCUGCCUCCCCAGAACCUCAUAGUAUCUUGCAACCAGUGAUAUUUCCAAAGAAAGAUUUUUAAGCCCAGAAAAGUCACACCUGUCAGAUAAAGCCCUGUGCUUUGUGAACUGUCGAAGGGGGAGAUUUUGCACUUCUGUGUACUUUUAGCCAGAAAGGCCAUUAAGGCAGGUCUGCCUAGUUUACCAGGCAACGAAACAGUGCUGGAGAUCAUCUUCUAGAGGACUGCCUACCUCCAAAGGAGGACAUGCUGGGGGAAGGCAGUACUCAC